ACAUGGUCACGGCGCUGCUAUAAAAUCACCACACCAGACACUGCUAAAUCAACAACACUCAUCACCUCCAGCCAUCAGCUUUCAAUCCAGCUACCAGUUCCAGUUUAGCACACAGAUUUUAUCUCGGGCCAACCUCCAGAUCCAUCAACAAUGGCGAACUCUGUGUCUGGGGUGGCGGUGAACGAGGAGUGCGUGAAGGCGUUCCAGGAGCUGCGGGCGGAGCGCAAGCACCGGUUCGUGGUGUACAAGAUGGACGACGACGCGCAGCAGGUGGUGGUGGACAAGGUGGGCGCGCUCGACGCCACCUUCGACGAUCUGGCGGCGGCGAUGCCCGCCGACGACUGCCGCUACGCCGUCUACGACCUGGACUUCGUGUCGGAGGACUCGGCCGGCGAGACCCCCCGCAGCAAGAUCUUCUUCAUCCACUGGUCGCCGGAGUCGGCGGACGCGAGGAACAAGAUGCUGUACGCCAGCUCCACGGAGGGGCUCAAGAAGGAGCUGGACGGCGUGCAGAUCGACGUGCAGGCCACCGACGCCAGCGAGCUCACGCUCGACAUCCUCAAGGACUACACCACCUAAUUAAGCUAAUCCGUCCAUCACGCACGCACGCGACUGGAUCCAAAUAAUGUUCUUCAUGUGUGAAUGAUUGAGUGGUUCUUCUUUUCAAGAUUGGUAAUUGAGUGCUUGAUUUAUUCCUUA